AUGCCGCAGCCUUUGAGUUCCAAGGAUGCGUCCUCCUUCCGACAGGUGGUUCGCCAUUAUGAGACCAAGCAGUAUAAAAAGGGCAUUAAACUCGCUGAUCAGAUUCUGCGGAAAACCCCUAAUCAUGGCGAAACCCAGGCGAUGAAAGCGUUGAUCAUGAGUAACAUCGGACAACAGGAGGAGGCAUUCACGCUGGCCAAGGAAGCCCUCCGGAAUGACAUGAAGUCGCAUGUCUGCUGGCAUGUCUACGGCUUGCUCUACCGGGCGGAGAAGAACUACGAGGAGGCGAUCAAGGCGUAUAGAUUCGCAUUAAGGAUUGAGCCCGAGUCUCCGCAAAUCCAGCGCGAUCUUGCUCUGCUCCAGAUGCAGAUGCGGGAUUACCAGGGAUAUGUGCAGAGCAGGAGUGCGAUGCUGCAAGCUCGGCCGGGCUUUCGGCAGAACUGGACAGCUUUGGCGAUUGCGCACCAUCUGGCUGGCGAUCUGGAAGAGGCGGAGAAGGUUCUGACGACAUACGAAGAGACUCUGAAGCAACAGCCGCCAGUGUCCGAUAUGGAGCACUCAGAGGCUGUCUUGUACAAAAACAUGAUUAUGGCGGAAGCGGGCAAGGUUGAACAGGCUCUGGAGCACCUUGAAAGCAUAGGAUACAGGAUGACGGAUGUUCUCGCCGUGAUGGAAAUGAAGGCGGACUAUCUUCUGCGACUGGGCCGAAAGGUCGAAGCUGAGGCGGCCUACACUGCCCUUCUAGACCGAAACCCGGAGAACUCGAUCUAUUUCGACGGUCUGAUCCGAGCCAAGGGGAUUUCCGGGGGCGACCACAAGGCGCUCAAGGCUGUAUAUGAUACUUGGGCCGAUAAGCAUCCCCGAGGUGAUGCCUCUCGCAGGAUUCCGCUGGAUUUCUUGGAGGGCGAAGAGUUCAAGCAGGCAGCCGACGCAUACUUACAACGUAUGCUCAAGAAGGGCGUGCCGUCCCUCUUUGCGAAUAUCAAGUCUUUGUACACCAAUCCCGAAAAGCGCGACACAGUGCAGGAGCUGGUGGAAGGCUACGUUUCCGGCGGUGAUUCGACGCAAUCAAAUGGCACUACCGAUGAACAGGCCAAUGGUGAUAAGAAAACGGAUUUCAUGGCCUCGGCUCAUUACUUCCUGGCUCAACACUACAACUACCACCUCAGCCGCGACCUGGCCAAGGCUAUGGAAAAUGUUGAAAAGGCCAUUGAACUCGCCCCCAAAGCUGUCGAGUACCAAAUGACCAAGGCUAGGAUAUGGAAGCACUAUGGGAACCCCCAGAAAGCCGCGGAGGAGAUGGAGAAGGCCCGGCUUUUGGAUGAGAAGGACCGAUAUAUCAACUCCAAGGCGGCCAAGUACCACUUGCGCAACCAUGACAACGAAAAGGCCCUCGACAAUAUGAGCAAGUUCACCCGGAAUGAGGCCGUUGGAGGAGCAUUGGGCGAUCUCCAUGAGAUGCAGUGCAUCUGGUACCUGACCGAGGAUGGCGAGUCAUAUUUGAGACAGAAGAAGCUUGGGCUCGCUCUGAAGCGCUUCAACGGUGUGUACAACAUCUUCGACGUCUGGCAGGAAGAUCAGUUCGAUUUCCAUAGCUUUUCCCUCCGCAAGGGGAUGAUCAGAGCAUACGUUGACAUGGUACGAUGGGAGAAUCGUUUACGCGAACAUCCCUUCUAUACCAGAAUGGCUAUUGCUGCCAUCAAGGCAUAUAUUCUUCUUCAUGAUCAGCCUGAUCUGGCUCAUGGGCCCCUGCCUAGCGGCCUUGACGCCUCGGGUGAUGCGGACAGUGCCGAGCGGAAGAAGGCUCUCAAGAAAGCCAAGAAGGAACAGCAGCGCCUAGAAAAGAUCGAGGCUGACAAGCGCGAGGCGAGGAAGGCUGCUGCCGCCACUGCUAAGGGCGCUGAUACGGAGACGAAGAAAGAGGAUCCAGAUCCGCUAGGCACCAAGCUCGUCCAGACACAAGAUCCCCUGGCCGAUGCGCUUAAGUUCUUGACUUCCUUGCUGGAGUACAGCCCCCAGAACAUCGAGGUGCAAUGCCUUGGAUUUGAGGUAUACCUGAGAAAGAAUAAACUCGCACUUGCGCUCAAGUGUCUCUCCGCUGCCCAUGCAAUCGAUGCUUCCAACUCCACUGUCCACGUCCAACAGCUCCGGUUCCGCAAAGCCCUUGACAGUCUGUCAGAGCCCCUUUCACCCGAGGUCGCCGAGGUCGUCAAUGCUGAGUUCGAUAAACUCCUUCCCAAGUCGCAGGACCUUGGAAAAUGGAACGAGUCUUUCCUUUCGACCCACAAGGACAGCGCCCCACACACACAAGCCGGCCUCAUAUGCCGCCAGCUCCUGCAGCCAGAAUCCAAAGCCCAAUGCGAAAAGGACCUCACCUCUACACUUGAUCUGAGCGACAUCUCCAUUGAGACGGCGCUGGCGGGUCUGGAGAUGCUUCACGAAUGGGGAAGUGACCAGGCUGCGAAGACCGCAUAUGCCGAGAAGGCCAGCAACAAGUGGCCUGAAUCGUCGGUGUUCCAGCUCAGCUAA